ACUUUCUUUUACUUUCUUCCCUUUUACAUAAAAUCUGACCGACUAGCUAACCCUUACAUAAUGAUUUUUUUUAUAGUUAAUAGAUAUUGCUGACAAAUAUCUUGUAAAUGGUUACUAUUCAUCAUAAAAUACGUUUUAAUAAAGACCUAUCCUUGAUAUCAAGUUCAUAUACACUAGCAUGAUUCAUGCCUUAAACGUUAUCAGUCAAGUUUUUUUUUGCGUUUUAUAUAUCUGUCUUUAGUUUAGUUUUAGUGUUAUCAUGAAUUCCAAAUCAUUAUUGUAUUAUAUUGUUUACGCAUUACUAACACUUUUAGAAAGAUUUCAAUGAAAUAGAGUGCCUGGUCAUAUACGAUAGUUAUAAAGACAGUAUCCAAUUGCGUACGGCAUGAUUGUGCGCAAACAAUACAAUUGAUCGUAUUGACAACAUAUCUUUAUAUCAUAAUAAAUCAUUAUUACUGACGGAUUGUUUUUAAAGUAACGCCUUGUUUUAAUAAGGGUCAAUGAUUAACAGCUAUUAUUAUAGUUUCUAUUUCUAGUUUUGCUCCUCAAACUUGUAUUUACUAUAGAGAAUUUGCUUUACAUCUUUUCGAACUUAUUUUUCGUCAAUAACUCCUUUCCAAGUUAUGCUAAUAGAAAUUCAAUGUUAAAAAGAGUUUUAUACAUGUUGAUUUACAUUAUUUAUCGCGAGAUCCUGGUUUAUGCGCAUUAACACUAAUGUAAUUCAUAGGCAGACCCUGGUUUGUACGCAUGUGAACUAAAAAAUCAUUGACAAUCCUGGUUUGUAUGCAUGUUUACUGUUAUAUUUCAUGACCUAAUCCUGGUUUGUACGCACAUGCAUAUGUACAUAUGAAAUUUAUGACCAUACCCUGGAUUGUACGCAUUUAUACUGUAGUAAUAUAUCGCCAGAUCCUGGUUUGUACACUUUUUUAAUGUAUUUCUUGGCCAGAUCUUGGUUUGUGCGCAUUUGUACUUCCGUAAUUAAUGACCAGACCCUGGUUUGUACGCAUUUUUACAGUAGUAAUUUAUGGUCAGAUCCUGCUUUUACGCAUGUGUAUUUCUGUAAUUUAUUGCCAGAUCCUGGAUUGUAUACUUUUUUACUAUAUUUCAUUGCCAGAUCUUGGUUUGUGCUCAUUUGUACUUAUAAAAUUGAUGACCAGACCCUGAAUUGUACGCAUUUGUACUGUAGUAAUUUAUAGCCAGAUCCUGGUUGGUACACUUUUGAUAUGUAUUUCUUGGCCAGAUCUUGGUUUUGGCACAUUUGUACAGUAGUAAUCUAUGGUCAGACCCUGCUUUUACGCAUGUGUACCUCUGUAAUUAAUUGCCGGAUCCUGGUUUGUAAACCUUUUAACUGUAUUUCAUGGCCAGAUCUUGGUUUGUCCUUAUUUGUAUUUCGGUAAUUUAAGACCAGAAUCUGGUUUGAACGCAUUUGUGCUUUUGUAAUUAAUUGCCAGAUAAUGGUUUGUACGCAUUUGUACUGUAGUAAUUAAGAGUCUGAUCCUGGUUUGUACAUUGCUUUACUCUGUUUCAUUGCUAGAUUUUGGUUUGUACUCAAUUGUUUUUCUGUAAUUUAUGACGAGACCCUGGUCUGUACGAAUUUGAGCCGUUGUAAUUAAUCGCCAGAUCCUGGUUUGUACGCAUUUAUCCUUUUGUAAUUUAUCGCCAGAUUCUGGUUUGUACGCUUUUGUACCAAUGUAAUUUAUGGCCAGAUCUUGUUUUGUACGCAUGUGCAUUAUUUUAAUAUUCCAAGACAGUAUUCAAAAUUUGUUUUCUUUAACGACCUAAAUAUGGCAGGUAAGAAUAUUUUCUAUUCAGUGAUAAUAAGAAGUAAGAAGUAAACGAUAACUAAGUUCGAUGCAUAAACUAUAAUAAAGACGACUAUGCCAGUAAGACUUAACACCAAAUUAAAAUGAAAGCGCUUAAAGCGUUGAAAGAAGAUAAGCCUGAUAUUUCUGUUCAUACGCAAUACAAAUGGAAUCCAAAAAGACGUUUGAGUGGCCCCAAAUUGUAACCGAUAAGUGCCUGUCAUUACAUAAGAAUAAGUAAUGUAAUUGAUGAUUUUUUACAUACUAUUAGCAAGUUUAUAAACAGUCACUGAUAAACCAAUAUGUACUAGGUUAUAUGAAUAUUGCUUUCAUCUCUUAAAUUAAUUGCUAGUAUAAAAUGAGUUAAAUAGUACUCGAUAUUGGCUGAAAAUGUAAGAGAACACAUUUCAAUUUUCUUCGCAAUUACGUAUUUUACCUAUUUCCCUCGUUUUCUCACCAAUAUUCUUCGGCUUGCUUUCAAAUUCACUUUAACGUUGCAAUCUUUUAAACUUAUUUAAAUAAAGUGAUCUUUUAAUUUGUAUCAUGAAAUCUCAUAGCACAAUACGUCCAGUUUUGUAACCCCGGCAAUUUAUCAUUUAAGUAUUUCAUGUCUAAAAGUAGAUCUGACGAUACCUAAUUUCGAGUUGCGGUACUAAAGUAUGUAGACCUGCGGCCUACAGCUUAAAAGUCGUUUUUAGACAAUACCCACAAAGAAACAUUAAAGCAAACAUGGCAAUACAUACUCAAUGAAAAAACACGUAUGUACAUGCAUUACUAAUUUAAUACGCUUUCACCAAGAUAAACUAUUCUAUUUUCAAAUAUGUGCAUGUGAUUUUUGCAGUUUUGGUGUGGUGUGUCUUUGUGCUCAGAUACACAGACCAGCUUUUAAAAUUUUAAAACGAUCCCACCUUACUUGUAAGCCCAAUAUUUUGACUCAUUUAGAUAGAAAAGCUAGAUCAAAGCCACACUUUUCAGCAUAUGGCAGCGAUGUUCACCGGACUGAACAAGGCAAUGCACGCAAAUUUGAUUUGUCUUACAACUUUGUGGAUAAUAUCACACAGACAAGCCAUUCCGUUUUUCCAAAUAUAUUAGAAAGUUCGUUGAUAACAGGACAUGCAAUUGCGUGUGCAGGACUCGUAGCUCGCCCAAUGACGGUAGAUGAAUGCGUUUUUUGUGGAGUCGGCGUUGCACACGAAUCAAAGGUGGCAGAUUUACAAAUUGCGAAGGUCAAAGAAAACAUAUGAAGUUUCCAAUGAUAGAUUCUGCCAUUUUUUCAAGAGCUUUAGCAUAUAGACGUGACGCGAUCCAUAUAUUUUCUAAUAGUUGGGCUGCAACAAUACCGUUUAAGAAAUUAAACUUCUAUGAAGAAGACGUUUUGACCGAAGGAGUUAGAGAAGGUCGGCAAAGACUCGGGACAUUGUACGUAUUUCCUGCUGGUCAACCUGGAUCUGGAUUUGCAAAUCACAUUGGGAGCAUAACCGUCGCCUGUUUAGCUGUCAAUGGUACCGUUGAUGAUAGAAGCGCGGUCAAUGCUGCAGCACUCGUGUCUGUGUUUUGCAACGGAAGAAAAAGAAACGACCAAAGAAUGAUAACAGUUGGACACAACGACAAAAGGUGUGACACAACUUUCGGCGGUGAAUCUGCUGCAACUGCAAUUGUUUCUGGAAUGAUUGCUCUUUUGUUAGAGGCAAACCCUCGCUUAUCUGUCAGAGACGUGAAACAUAUCUUAAUUGAUUCCAGUAGCCAUCUUUGGUUAGAAGCAUCACCUGAAUUCGUGCCAAACACAGCUGGAAAAUAUUAUCAUCCGAGGUUGGGAUUCGGGCUGCCUGACAGUUCAAAGAUGGUAUUACUGGGAAGGCGCUGGAAUCAGUUAGCACCGUUGUGCAAAUCAACACUUAUAUUUUCGAAAGAUUCAUAUCACCUCAAAGAUUUACACUGGUACCUUCGAGUAUUGUACGACAAUACUUUCUGCGACCCGGCACCUUGCAUAGAAAAGAUGGAAGAAGUUAGCUUUGAAAUUGAAUUCGUUUAUUCAGAACAACAUCACAUGAAACUGUGGGCUAAAUCGCCUAGUGGGACUAAAUCAACUUUAGCAGAAAUUAAACCUGUUGCAAAUGGGGAUAAAGAAAAACGUGUUAACACUACAUUUCGGUCCAACCACUUCUGGGGAGAAAACAGUGUAGGGCGCUGGCAUAUUUACAUUGGUUGCAACUUGCCAAUGUCCCAUCCUUUUCCAGCAUAUGGAUGUCAUGUCACUAAAGCACGUUUAACAAUACAUGGUACGGUGGAGAAAGCUAAUGCACAGCAGCAUUGCAAUGCGGACACAUUUCCAGAUGACGACAGAAAUAAACUUCCUUCAGUCGCCACGGAUGGAAAACAUGUUGAAAACAAAAACAUUAUCACAAAGAAUUUUGUAACAAAUAAUAUAAAUAACGUUAUAAAUAAUUACAACUCUUAUCCAGGGCUAUGGAUUAUACUAGGAAUCGGUAUUACCAUUGUCGUGCUCUUUCUGUAUGCAUGGGGAGUUCGAAAACGACUUUGGCAACAUAUAUCGCAAAAUGACUCUGGGCUGAUUUUUAGUCCUCCCCACAACCAAUUUUAAGCGAUGAAGCCUUAUUGAAUGAGUCUGUUAAUCGGGAACACUUAAUCUAAAAAGAAGGGGAAGAAAAAGAGAGUGGAAUUUUGUUUAACGCUUAGCUGUACAACCACCUUCGGUAAAACAACUGUAAAAAGUCAAACGCUUUUGUUCUUCAAACCAUAACGUGGACCGCGUGUAAGGUGGCCGAACUCACCAGAAAGGUGUGUGUGUGUGUGUGUCACAUAACUUAUACGUCUUUGCGGUAUCAGCCCUGUGAGAACUCUUACCAUUUUCAUCAAACAUGUCUUAAGCAAGAGAACAUAAUUUCUGCAACCAGACAGUAAACGUUGUUAAAAAUUAGCAUUGUAAAUGACCCAAUGGUCCAUCAUCAAAAGUUUACUGUGCUUAUACAGUUUAGUUUCCGUCAUGCUUUGAAUCCUUUUUGAUUUUGAAUCACUUCGGCUCGUUUGUGUGUAUUUCAUGAGGGAUACUAAAUGGUAUAAUUGCAUAAUGCUUUUUAUUAUUAUUAUGUUUCCAAUUGUUGUAAUGUGACGAUUUAGUAUCUAGUAAGCUUGAUCAUUUUUUUUAAUUUUUUUUAAUUGUUUUUUAUUGUUUUAUUCCACUAAAGUAUAACUGAGUCAUCCCCAUUUGUUAUAUUGAGAAACUAAAUGAAAUAACUGUUAACAUGAUGUAUUCAGUAACAAAUAGACAAAAUGCAUUCAUUCGGACUUUUUUACCGAAAUGAACCACGCCAUGAUCAAUAUCGUGACGGUAAUGAAAACAUCAAAGUCACGAAACAAUAAUGUAAACUUUUCAUAUUUAUGACUGAUGAAACUUGACAAAUUUCAAAUAAAACAUGUACAAAUUA